ACAGCUGCUCCGCGAUGAGAAAUAUUGCCUCUGAAGUGGAGGCUUUAAACACAGAAAAUAGUCAUUUGCUUUUAUUACAUUAAAGUAAGCACCGGGCUUACGUAAAGCUUUCGUUUUUGUGUGUUAGUUAGCUGCGGCAGAUUAGAAACAAAAAAAACAAAAGAGCGAGGAUGUUGGUCCCCGCGGGAAGAUAAUGAAGAGGCUGCGCGUUGUGUUGGUGUGCCUCGUUGUAGCUCUCCUGUGCUGGUACCCUAAUCAACAUGUGUAUUGUUCAGAGCAGAACUUAUCUGGCUCAGGUCAGUCUGCCCAGGACGAAAAGCCCGACAGCAACGAACCAGAGCAGGACUCCACACAGGACAAGGUUGCGGAAGAAUGGGCAAAACACACAUCAUACGAUGUAGGAUUAGAGACGGAGAGAGCAGCACGAGAGCAGCUAGCAAACUCGCAACAUGAAGAGACUGUGAAUCAGCAGGAACCCGAGGCGGAAGUGACGACGCCAGAACCAAAUUCAGACGGUGUACCUGUUGUUCCUGAUCUGCAACCUGCCCCAGAAUCCCAGACUGACUUGGACUCGCAGGCUCGCCCCCAGGACCAGGAAGCCCCAGUGCCACCCAGUCCAGAAACAGUUCCAGCACAGAGCCAGGUCUCAGCAGACGCUCCAGCCCCGUCAGAGACCUGUAGUGAUACCCAUGCUGGAUGUCCCAGCCUGAACUCUAACUCAGCAUCGCCUCCGGAUGACGCUGAGAACGUACCUACCUCACAGAGUGCCAGCCCAGCACACACAGGUGCAGUGCGGGUUGCCAGUGCAGGCGAUGAACUCCCAGUAGACAGCUUUGUCUUUGCUGAGCACUCUGAUUCACAGUGCAGGGUCAUUCCCCCCGAACUGGCAACCUGUGAAAACUCCCCUUUUGGCCGCCCUCUCCUCAGUGUGGAUGAGGCUGGUGCAGAAGAAUGGCAAUCAAGCCAGACCCCCAGUUCUGAUCAGGAGGCAGAAGUCCAGCCUACUGCAGGAACAGCAGACCAGGAACCGCUGCAACGACAGGAGCUGGAAGAUGGGCUGUCCCGCUUAGAGCAGGAGGGCAACGCUUCCCAGCACCAUGAAGAGCAGAUUGGGGAGGCUAACGUUGCCAGGGAGACUGGGGAUCCUUCAGUGCCCAGAGAAGAGGACAUCCCCACCUUUGAUGAGUGGAAGAAGCAAGUCAUGGAAGUGGAGAAGGAAAAAAGUCAAACUCUCCAUACCUCAGCCAGCGGCAGCCCUCAUCCGGUGAAGAAGGUCCAGAAGAACUUCAAGAAUAACUACGCCUCUGUAGAGUGUGGUGCCAAGAUACUCUCUGCCAACAAUGAGGCUAAGAGCACAUCAGCUAUUCUUAUGGAAAAUAUGGAUCUGUACAUGCUCAAUCCGUGCAGCAACAAAAUCUGGUUUGUCAUUGAGCUCUGUGAGCCUAUUCAAGUCAAACAGCUGGACAUAGCUAAUUUUGAGCUCUUCUCAUCUACGCCGAAAGAUUUUUUAGUUUCCAUUAGUGACAGAUAUCCGACCAACAAGUGGGUAAAGCUGGGUACUUUCCAUGCACGUGAUGAGCGGAUAGUGCAGAGUUUCCCACUGGAUGAACAGCUUUAUGCGAAAUAUGUGAAGAUGUUCAUCAAGUACAUAAAGGUUGAACUUCUCUCUCACUUUGGAUCCGAACACUUCUGUCCCCUCAGUCUCAUCAGGGUGUUUGGUACCAGCAUGGUGGAGGAGUAUGAGGAGAUAGCAGAUUCUCAGUACCCCUCAGAGAGACUGGAGUACCUGGAUGAAGACUAUGACUACCCCCCUGGUUAUCAGCCAUCGGAGGACAAGGCCUCUAAAAACCUGCUUGGUUCAGCAACCAAUGCAAUCCUGAACAUGGUGAACAACAUUGCUGCUAACGUGCUCGGUGGGAAGCCCGGACCAGAGGGGGGAGCAGAUUUAGGAGGUAAUGCAACUACAGAGAAGAACGAAGAGAAAGGGAGCGCAGAUGUUACGUUGAAAUCAGAGGAACCUUCCCAGGACUCCCCAGUACUGGAGGUUACAAACCCAGAAGAGCCUUUAGCUGAGGAGGUCUUUAAUGUCUCCAGCGACUCUUCGGCAUCAUCCUCUUCGUCAUCCGAGUCCCCUGACAAUAGACAGAUUGUCACUCUGGUGGAGGAUGAGGAGGAAGAGGACGAGCCCAAGCAGUCGACUGUCACUCUGCUGGAGGAAGAGGAAGAGGACAGGAAUGAUGAGAAAAUGGGGAGUGAGCCGGACAGGAACCAAUGGGACAACCAGACAUGCUGUCCUUUCUCCUCCCUCACGUCGCUCUCUCUGUCCUGCGUGGCCACUCUGCCAGAGCUGCUCCAUCGCUGGUGCUCGGCCAGGCUUGCCAAAGAGAGGCUCCGAAGCCUCAAGAGGAGAAAGCUUAACGCUCAAACACACACGCACCCUGCUGUGAACACCCCUGCUGUCACACACACACCUCAGCUGAUUCCUGACCCCACACCGCCUGAAGAAACCCUUCCUCCAGGAGAAAAGACUGCAGAACCCGAGACGGCCGUAAGUGGCCAAAGCGAGGGGAAGCCCUUAGGUGAGGUGCAACAAACCGAUGCAGAUGUCAGCCCUCACACACGUGAUGCACACACUCCAGAGGGCAACAUCCUGCUGGAGCCCAGCAGAACCUCCACCAUCCCCCCACACAGCUUUUCAGACAGCUUCUCCUCGACGCAACCCACACCCUCUCACGAUGAGAAGCUGUUGCCUCCUUUUAACGAUGGAGCGUACGACCCCACACCCACCCCCUCCCUUCCAGCUGCUUCGGUCCCGGAGACGCAGCAGCCCAGCAGUGCCACCCUCAGCCAUUCUGUCAGUCCCACCCCGCAGCCUCAGUCCUCCGAGCUGGCCUCUCCCGUCGUCGUGGUUCCUCCCGUCAAGGAGCCGUCUGUUCAGGCUCUUCCCACCGCAUCGAGGCCGGAUGACUUUAUACCCCCUCCCACCGAGCUCCCACAAACUGACACCCACGGGGACGCAGUUAAAUCAGGGGUAGACGCCGGUGGGGGCACACAGAGACAAAAUGUUCAGGCUCCUCACGUCCACAGAGAGCUGGGGGACUCCCUCUCUCCGUCAGGGGAGGCUAAUCGGGUGGAGGAUGUCGGGGAGGAGGAUCUGCUGAGCACUAAUGGAAACGGCAACAUCCACCGGACAGCCACAGACUUUUAUGCAGAGCUGCAGAACGGGGGGGAUUACGGUGGCGGAGCAGCAAAUGGCAACAGCGUGUUACUGAACGGAGGAGCUGUUCACGGCUCCAGCCAGAAGGAGAGCGUGUUCAUGAGACUGAACAACAGAAUCAAAGCUCUGGAAAUGAACAUGAGCCUGUCCAGCAGAUACCUGGAGGAACUCAGCCAGAGGUACCGUAAACAGAUGGAGGAGAUGCAGAGAGCGUUCAACAAGACCAUCAUCAAACUGCAGAACACCUCCCGCAUUGCUGAGGAGCAGGACCAGAAGCAGACCGAGUCCAUCCAGGUCCUGCAGAACCAGCUGGAAAGCGUCACCAAACUGAUGCUCAAUCUCACAGCUACAGUGAGCCAGCUUCAGAGAGAGGUAUCGGACCGUCAGAGUUAUCUGGUGGUGUCUCUGGUUCUCUGUCUCUUCCUGGGGCUCCUGCUUUGUCUUCAGUGCUGUCGCAGCUCAGCUCCCACCCCCAGCACCAACACCGCUGCCCUCCCCAAGAGCAACCACUACCCCAGCCCCAAGAGAUGCUUCUCCUCCUAUGAUGAUAUGAGCCUGAAGCGGAGGGUGACCUGUCCACUCGUCCGCUCCAAGUCAUUUCAGUUGUCCUCUACAGAAGUAGGUCCCGAUGACUUGUACAUUGUAGAACCUCUAAGGUUUUCUCCAGAGAAAAAGAAAAAGCGCUGCAAGACAAAGUCGCUGGACAAAGUUGAGACCCUGAAGGCAUUCGCUCCCUCCGCACUCCUCACAAACGGAGACAUCAAGUGUAAUGGCUUCCACCCAUGCCUCCCCGUGCCGUUACCACCCCCACCCCCUCCCCCUCCCUUGCCUUCCCUCACUCUCCCCCUGCCACCACCUCUCCCUCCAUCCACAGAGGAAAUCCCACCGUUGCCCAACUGUACCCCCACAGAGUUCCCCUCAGAGACCAGCAGCUGUAGCUCCUCCACCCAUUCGGAGGAGUCGUACACUAACCGCCUCCCCCUUCCCUCCCCUCUCUUCCCCUCAGCGGGGCUCUGCAACGGGCACGGCCUCCCUUUCCCCCUCAGCCAACCUCCGGCCAAGACCCGGCAGGAGAAGCGCUCGGUGAAGCGGCGCAAGUCUCGCCAGACGGAGCUGCAGUUCCCCCACAUGCCAGAGGGGGGCGCCGGCUCUUUGACCAGUCUGCAGCAGCUUAUGAAGGGAAACAAGGAGCUGAGUGUCGGGACCUUUCGGGCGACCGCCGUCACUGGACACGUCUGAAAUCUUAAACUUCACCUACACACGACUUUGUUUUGAUUUUAAGGUAGUAGACACGUGAGAAGAAUUCCUACCACAUCCCAAAGAACCACAUUUCCCAUAAACUCUGGCACACUGUGGAACUUAAGUGGGUAUGGCAGCAUCAGUUCAACAUCAUCUGGCCCUUAUCCACUCCUGUCAAAGACCUGUUUAUGGUUAUGUGCCUUUAUAUCUGUUGUAGACCUUUUAAUUCUUAACACUUCUGAAGUUGAUGUGCAAGCAGAGUCGUUGGUGCGGAGUGACACAAGUACAAAUCACAUCCAUCAGGCAUUUUCUUUCCUCUCCUCUUGAUAAGCACAUUGUCCUCUCACAGUGGAGCACCUUUUUAUUCUUAUUUUUUUUUUUUGUCACCCUCUCUGAGCACAAUGAGAAGAGGCCCCGGCCUCAAGCUCCACAUUUUUUUUCAUCAAGUAUUAGGCCGUUGUUUUGGAUGAAAGUGUCAUUGUGAGUGAACUGUGAAGCACGAAAAGCUCAUUCUCUCUUCUUCGUUUCCUCUCGUCUUGCUGUUUUUCUUUGUAUUUUGCCAUCUCUCAUAUAUGCAUGGGACCACAGUGUUGGAAUUUCCUUGUGCACCUUUCUGAUACGCUCUGUCUCCGUCAGUCUGUUUCAAACCAAACCACAGGGGCCGAAUGAAGAAAAAUAAUUUUGCAUGAUGUGAAGUGGCCUGAACGUGGAUGCCCUUGCAGUUUAUUUUGUCUCAUUUAAUCUCCUAACACGCGUGCAGUAGCAGCAGUCUGCAGAUCCUGCAAGCUCGCAGUGGAUCAUUCCCCCCCCAGACUCAGUUAUUUUGGGCUGGGCCCAAAACUGUGCUGUCAUAUUGGGUAUUGUAAUCCUGAUGAAGAUGAAUGGGCGCGAGGCGAGCUGGAUUCUAUUUGUUUUUUAUCUCCGUCACUGAGCCACGGCCGUCUGUUGCCGCUGCUGGUUUGGUUUAUUUGAAUAAUCCUCACGGCCAGUACGAGGAGACCGCUUCCCGUGGAGGGUUCAGUCUUGCGUAAGAGCACGUUUGGUAGCAGAGCUGUAUGUUUACACUUUUUCUCGUGUCACGCAAGCUUCUGAGACCCUGCAGAGGAGUCUGACAGACCUGUUUUAUUUAUCUAUUUAUUUAUUUAAAUGAUUAUAUAGAGUUUUCUAUCGAGGCACUGGUUUGCCAGUCUUCCAGUCCUGCAGGGUCGCAGCAGUUUGUUCGUGUUUAUUCGUUGUUAUGUAGAAAUAUUACUCAGCGGUACUGACCCACAGUCAUGCUCGACAGCUCAGCCACGGAUUCUUCUUUCUGUCCUGCGUUACAUUUUUUUUUCUUAGAUUGUAUUUUUUAAAUCUUCAAGCCUGAAACGUCGGGCUAAAAUCACCAACAGUCACAUUUCAUAUCCAGCAGAAUAACUGAGUACAGAUUUAAGACAUUGUGCGUGGAUGAGGAUCAUCAUACUGCUGCUUCUGUACGUGCAGAACUGCUGGGGAGCCGUGAACAGUUCCGGACUGAUUGUUCAUUCCCGUCUACUUAUUUGUGCAUCUUCCCCGGAUGAGCCAGCUGAUUUUAAGUCGCCCUGCGUGUUAUUGUGUCUGAACUACAAUAACAUCUAAUUUAAACGCUGCAGGCAGCUGCAGAUGUGAAAGCAGUGUAUUUAUUCUUUGUUUUUAUACAUUUCCUCGUAUGUAUGUGGUUUCUGACUGGCUCCAUGUGGUUGGCGUUGUGUACAUUUUGACGGAGACACAAUUUGCAUAUUCUUCUGUCUUCGCUACGCAGCUCCUCGUGCUCCUGCUGUCGUGCACCACAGUAGUCACCUUGGACCCUUGCUGCACGACUUCCUCUACGACCUGCGAAGAAAACAUGGUGGAGCGAGCCACUCCACCAUGAUUCCUACAUGAAAUACUUUCUCACCGUGCAUGUGUGCUCUUUCCGUGCAUCCUCGUGCUCACGUUACACUCCGUCAGUCUUGUUUUUACUCAUUACUGCUCUUGGACUUCAUGUGCUUGCACCACUUUGGAUGGCUGUGAAGUAUUGUGCAGAGGAAAUGAAUUAUGAUUAAAUAAAGGGAACACGGGAAAGAAUCUGAUAUGGAACACUAUUAAUGUGAUUGUUUAUUCCACAAGGAGAGCAAAUCCUUUUUUCCCCCUUUUUUGAAUGUUGCGUAAACCUGUAUGCAUGUGAGAUUUUUUGUUUGUCUCAUGAGUGUCGCUCAUGACAAAGACUACUUUGAACCUACUUAAACCCAUAACACAGAAAGCGAGGAGGAAGCUCAUUGUGCACUUUGUAUGACUCCUCGUGCCUUUUUGUUUUUCUACUUUACAUGUCAAGUGCUAUCCUUUCUUCACCCCUCCCUUCUUUCCUCUUUGUGAGUACUCUGGAGAGCUGCACAGUAUUUUUGAGCAGGAGUGAGUUACUACAAAAAAGUGUAGUGCCAUUAGAAACUGUGAAUUAUUUCUAAAUAAAAUCUUUUUUUGUUGUUGUUGUCUUUCACUUUGUCUUUGGGUUUUGUCUCGAAACAAUUUCAUUGGUCAGAUAUCUUUUAACCAUUCAGGAUUUUGUCUUUGUCCUAAUAAAAAGAUUAAGUAAAAUUA